UGUGUUAUAUUAGUAUAAUUAUUUGCUUUUUUUGGAAUUUACAGUUCAAAUAAUGAAUCAUGUACAUCGAUUGGAAAAGAUAAAACUCUUAUCUGGUUACUGAUGCGUUCACAUGAAUUUCAAAGGAAGGUAAUCAAUCUAGUUGGCCGAUUGUAUUUUUGGGCAGGAGUUUAACAGAAUAAGUAAUAAAAAUGGAUGUGCAACAAAACAAAAAUUGGUUUCUGUUAAGAAAAGUGGUUAUCGAUAUAACUGUCUUAUGUUUUGUUGGCAUCCCGAUAUUACUUUUCUUCUAUAUUGGAUCGGCAAAUGAACGAGGAUUCUUCUGUGAUGAUGAAUCUCUGAAGUACAGCUUUAAGAAUUCUACUAUCACAAGUGGUGUGCUUUACGGCGUCGGAUAUAGUCUACCAAUUUUCAUAAUGUGUUUGACGGAAUUCAUCCGUCUCCGCGACUACAAGGGCGGAGAGCAACGUGUCAUUCUGGGCCUGGACAUUCCCGCGUGGGUCUGGGAGUCAUACCGAUGUGUCGGAGUGUUCCUCUUCGGCUGCGCCUGCCAGCAGCUCACCACGGAUAUCGCCAAGUAUACCAUUGGUAGACUACGGCCCCACUUCUUUGAAGUUUGCAACCCGUCAAUAGACUGCUCUCUGCCAGAAAACCAAAAUCGAUACAUCGAGACCUUCACGUGCUUAGGAACAAAUAAGAAUUUGCUUAAGCAGAUGCGGCUGUCUUUUCCUAGUGGACACUCUUCCUUCUCAGUUUUCACAAUGGUAUUUUUGGCGCUUUACCUACAAACGCGCUUUACAUGGAAAGGAUCUAAACUCCUACGCCACAUCAUGCAGCUCAUGGUCAUUGUGAUGGCCUGGUACACCUGCCUCUCACGAGUCUCCGAUAAUAAACACCACUGGGGUGACGUCCUGGGAGGUUUCGUCAUUGGAUUCUUUUACGCAAUCACCAUAUUUGCAUACCUCUACAAGCCGCUGAGCCUCGGCACCCGCUACUCGGCGUUAAUGGAGUCGCAAGCACUGCCGCGGCCUAUAAACUGAUAUGCAUACAAAUACAUGAAAUAUACAACUGCAAAAUA